UUUGGAUUAUUUUAUUAUAAUUUUACACAUUUUUAUACGGUUUACAUGCACGAUUAUACCAUUGGAUAGUAUUUAAUUAUAAAUUAGCUUUAAAUUUCAUUAUUGAUCGUAAAAUUCACAGCAAUGAGUUUAAUUGCAGCCACUAGAUCUUUAAUACUUAUGGGCCGAUGUGUUCCAUCGGUGAAGCAGAACGCAUCAAAAAUUAUUGUAAAAAAAUUGGAACUAGACCAGAAUCUUUUAAUGUAUUUCAAUAAAGAUGAAGUAUAUUAUGCUCAUGAUCCAGAGCAGCAGUGUAAAACAGGUGAUGUGGUCCUGAUACAAGAACUACCUGAAAAACUUACCACGUAUAUUACUCAUAAAGUGCUCAAAGUAGUUUAUCCUUUAGGCGAUGUAACAGAUCCUAUUACUAAUAAGAAAGUAGCUGGUCUCCGUUGCGGAUCAGUUCGUUAUAGGGAUGAUUUGGAUGAAAUUGAUCAACUUUAUGGUCCAACCAAAGAACGUUUUGAUUAUAAAAGUGCUCCUGAAAGGGGUUGGCAAGAAGACAACAAAGAUUUUAGUCAUAAAGAUAGCUACAUCAAGUAUCAUGAAUCAGGAGAAGAACAACCUUACUCAGUUCCAAGAUAAAAGUUUCACUCGAUUAUCUCCUAAUUUUUGUUGUGCAUAUGUAGGAAAUGUAGUUAGUUAAUAAUAUUAAAAUAAUUAAAUUUGAUCACAAUUUGGUAUUUGAUUCAACUAAAAGUAUGUAAAGUAUGUAUUGUUUUUACUAAGUACUAAAUAUUUUUUUAAUAAAA